AUGAGUUAUCUCACUCAGCGCAGGCCGCACAAUAUCCCGGAGGAUGAUGUCGAGGCUCAGGGCGCCAGCCGUUCGAAUGAACCCAACAUUCCAAGUGGGAGCGGUAGUGGAGGAGGCGGCCAGGGCGAGCAUGUCAAGUUCGGAGACAAUGAGCCGAGCAAGGGCGCCGACUUGGGUGAAUUCGAAGCGCUGGAUCGAUACAUAACCAAUUUCGAAGCGGAGCGCCGGGCCAGUCUCUCGGGCGAUUCGCAGCAGCGAGCGACUAAGAAGCCCAAGUGGUGGCAGUUCUGGAAAUCCGAGGAGGGCGAGCCAGCCGUUGAGCCGGCACCCAGCGACGUGGGAAAGCCACCGGACUCCUGGCUAGACACCGAUAUUCACCAAGGCGUGAGCAGCUCUGCGGUGGAAGAGCGUCGGAAGCGAUUUGGCUGGAAUGAACUCACAGCCGAGAAAGAGAACAUGUUCCAGAAAGUCCUGGGUUACUUUACAGGACCGAUUCUGUACGUCAUGGAACUUGCGGCUCUGCUUGCUGUGGGCCUCGGAGAUUGGAUCGACUUCGGUGUCAUCUGUGGUAUCCUUGCCCUCAAUGCCUUUGUCGGGUUCUACCAGGAGAAGCAGGCAGCGGAUAUCGUGGCGAGCUUGAAGGGUGACAUUGCCAUGAAGGCCCCGGUUGUGCGAGAUGGUGAGGAACAACAGAUCCUAGCCAGGGAGCUGGUGCCAGGUGAUAUCGUCAUCAUACAGGAGGGACAGACCGUCCCAGCAGACUGCCGGUUGAUAUGCGACUACUCUCGACCACAAGACUUCGAUAAGUACAAGGAGUUGAAGAAUGAGGAUAAAUUUGGCGAGGAAGACAAUGGUGGUAAUGGCAAUGAGAAGGCGGACAAGCCCAAAGAGAGCAGCGGCGGCAAGGAGAAGCAAGGUGAAGAUGACGAUGACGACGACGACGAGUCAGUCCAUGUCGGCGAACCCCUGGUGGCCUGCGACCAAUCGGCCAUCACUGGCGAAUCCCUCGCGGUCGACAAGUACAUGGGCGAUGUUGUCUAUUACACCACUGGUUGCAAACGCGGCAAAUCCUACGCCAUCAUCACCACGUCGGCGAGGUACUCGUUCGUCGGUCGAACUGCUUCCCUGGUCCAAGGCGCCAAGGACCAAGGCCACUUCAAGGCGGUCAUGGACAGCAUCGGAACGUCGCUACUGGUCCUCGUCAUGUUCUGGAUCUUGGUUGCCUGGAUUGGCGGCUUUUUCCACAACCUUCGAAUCGCCGAGCCAAACGUCCAAAACCUGCUCCAUUACACGUUGGUGCUGCUGAUCAUCGGCGUUCCUGUUGGUCUUCCGGUGGUGACAACAACCACCCUGGCUGUAGGGGCAGCGUACUUGGCGCAGCAGAAAGCGAUCGUUCAGAAGUUGACAGCGAUCGAGUCUCUAGCAGGUGUCAACGUUCUCUGCUCGGACAAGACCGGCACUCUUACUGCCAACAAGCUCAGCCUUCGUGACCCAUACGUCGUUGAGGGUCAAGAUGUGAACUUCAUGAUGGCAGUUGCAGCGUUGGCCAGUUCCCACAAUGUUGCCUCGCUGGAUCCGAUUGACAAAGUCACCAUCACGUCGCUCAAGCGCUAUCCUAAAGCACGGGAGAUCCUCCGCCAGGGAUGGAAGGUGGAUAAAUUCAUGCCUUUUGACCCGGUUUCGAAGCGCAUCACUAGCGAGUGCCGCUUGGGUAACGAUCGCUACGUCUGCGCGAAAGGAGCCCCAAGUGCGGUUCUCACUAUCACCAAUGUCAGCGACGACAUGCGCAGGUUGUACAAGGGCAAGACCAAGGAAUUUGCCCAGCGAGGGUUCCGCUCUCUUGGUGUCGCAUAUAAGAAGAACGACGAGGACUGGACUCUCCUUGGGCUGCUGUCCAUGUUCGAUCCACCACGUGAAGACACGGCGCAGACGAUCCUCGAAGCUGCACAUCUGGGUGUUCCGGUGAAGAUGUUAACCGGUGAUGCGACCGCUAUCGCCAAGGAAACUUGCAAAAUGCUCGGUCUCGGCACGAAGAUUUACAAUGCUGAUAAGCUGGUCCAUAGUGGCUUGACGGGGACUGUUCAACACGACCUUGUGCAACGUGCCGAUGGGUUUGCGGAAGUUUUUCCCGAGCACAAGUAUCAAGUGGUGGAAAUGCUACAGCAGCGCGGCUCUUUGACUGCAAUGACGGGUGACGGCGUGAAUGAUGCACCCUCCCUCAAAAAGGCCGAUUGUGGUAUUGCUGUAGAAGGCGCAUCCGAGGCCGCGCAAGCAGCGGCCGAUAUCGUGUUUCUGGCACCCGGUUUGAGCACUAUUAUCUUGUCCAUCAAGACCUCUCGUCAGAUCUUCCAACGGAUGAAAGCCUACGUGCAAUAUAGAAUUGCACUAUGUCUUCAUCUUGAGAUCUACCUGACGACAUCGAUGGUCAUCAUCAACGAGACCAUCCGCCCGGACCUGAUCGUGUUCAUCGCAUUAUUUGCCGACUUGGCUACGGUGGCCGUUGCUUACGAUAACGCACACGUCGAACAACGACCAGUGGAGUGGCAACUGAAGAAGAUAUGGGUUAUCAGUGUGAUCCUAGGGGCACUCCUGGCUCUGGGGACCUGGAUCAUUCGGGGCACGAUGUUCUUGCCAAAUGGUGGAAUAAUCGAGAACUUUGGGUCGAUCCAAGAAGUCCUAUUUCUGGAAGUGGCGUUGACUGAGAACUGGCUCAUCUUUGUCACCCGCGGCGGGCGAACAUGGCCAUCGUGGCAGCUUGUGGUCGCGAUUCUCGGCGUCGACAUCAUCGCGACCAUCUUCUGUCUCUUCGGAUGGCUGUCCGGCAGCGGCGGCGGCGUCAUGAGAACGACACCUCAAGACCACUUCAACAACUCGAACAACGGGUGGACGGACAUUGUGACGGUGGUUGUUGUCUGGCUGUACUCAUUUGGAGUCGUGGUGUUCAUCGCCAUCGUGUACCUGGCACUCAACCAAUUCGAAUGGAUAAACAACUUGGGACGGAAGGACCGCAACAAGAAGGACACGAAUAUCGAGAACAUCAUUGGCCAUAUCAACAAGCUUACCAUCGAGCGUGAGACGGACGACAAGACGGGUAAGGAUAGGUACUCGCUCGUCGAGAAAUCAACUGCCGAGGAAGAAGACCUGUGA